GAAGACCGUUUCCAAAACCAUAUAGCUGUGAGGGGCAGCCAGAAGGUUUGCUCACCAAGUGGAAAAGAUCGUGGUACCAACAUGGCAAUUCAUCAAAAGAGAAGCAAUAUGGAGAGAAGCAAUAUGGAGACGAAGCAAAGUCACCUCUCCACCCGUGUGGUUCUCCCAUUGACUUCACGCCCUCCCAUCCUCCGACCUCCGACCUCCGACGUUAGGUUCCGCUCCGAGUCUGACCUCCGCCUACCUCCUCCGCCCUAGAUCCUCCCGGCGACCGACAGCGGCCUCCCACGCGGCCCUCGAAGCCUGGAAGAAACGGAAACGUAGCUCAUGAUGCUGCGCCUGCUGCGCGGUCGAGCCAAAGCUCAGACUGGCAGCAGCCACCAUUCCUCGCCGCCGGCGCCAGCACCAGCGCCGAAGACGCCGCUGGACGACGAGGACCUCCUGCAGGAGAUCCUCCUCCGCCUCCCUCCGAAGCCAUCGUCCCUCCCGCGCGCCUCCCUCGUUUGCAAGGGAUGGCGCAGCAUCCUCUCCGACCCUGAGUUCCUCGAACGCUUCCGCAAACACCACCAGAAACCGCCUCUGCUGGGCUUCUUCGCAGGCCAUGUCCAUGCAACACCCGUCUUCACUCCCAUCCUCGACUCGCCCGACCGCAUCCCUGCCUCCCGCUUCCCCGUGCCGCAGAGCCACAGCCGCAACGACGAGUGGCGCUUCAUGGGCUGCCGCCACGGCCUCGCCGUGCUGCUCGAGGUGUCCCGUCGCGAGGCCGUGGUGUGGCAUCCCCUCACCGGCCAGCAGCGCCAUGUCAGUUUUCCACCGGGGAUGCACACCGACGAUUGGAAUCGCUGGCAUGCCGCGGUGCAGUGCGCCGAUGCCGCGGGCGGGCAUGUGCACGGCGACUGCUUCUCCAGCCCGUUCAAACUGGUGCUGAUCCUGGUCGCCCAACGCGCGCGAGCGUUCGCCUGCCUCUAUGAAUCAGCUUCCGGUGCCUGGGGAGAUAUUGCGUCGACGGCGACCAGGGAUACUAUUUGUUAUACGGAGCCCAGUGUCCUCAUUGGGGAUGCAUUUUGCUGGUUGCUUGGUGAAGCUGAUAUCCUUGCGUUUGAUAUUCAAAGGCAGAGCCUUGGUGUCAUUGAGAAGCCAGAUAUGAAGCGCUACUUCGAUUCUUCUGUUCGACUCUUCCGGACAGAGGAUAAUGGACCUGGCCUGGGAGGGGAGUUGGGUGGAAAUGGGUGGACCAGAAACUUUGAACAUAUGAGAUCAGCUAAUGCACUAUAUAUGCUUCAGGUUUGUCUUCUGCUGAAUACUGACUGCUUCCAUCGAUGGGAAUCAGCGCAUCGGUGCUGUUUAGCGAGCCGGAAAAGAUCGAACCGGUGGUUUCCCCCCGUGUUGGGCCUGGGGAUCAGUUGGGCCUGAUCGGUAGAUCACUUGGGCUGUGCCUGUACGCUCAUUGGCAUCGAGAGUCAAAAACUGAUCGACACACGAUAUCACAACACCGAAAACCGAAACACGAUCCUGCCGCCGACUCACAAACCGAUCGCGAUUGUGCGGAGCGGAAGCAAUCAAAACCGCGGCCGCCGGCCAAUGCGACGAGGCCGUGACCGGCGACUGGGCGAAGAAGGAUCUGGCGCGGAAGAAAAACACCAAAUACGUAAUGCAAGGUACUGUAUUUGAUUUCGGAACUCAAUAUGGACUUCGAAUUCUGAAACCAAUCUGACUAAAAUAAACUCCAGUACAAAAUCUGCUAUAGUGCUCUGAAUGAUUAGUUGAUUGAUUUUACCCUGGCUGUCUCCGUGAUUUUCUUAUACAUAUAUAAAAAGACUUUUUUGGCAAAGUAUGUGACGGUAGCAGCUCAAACUUAGCUCCUCAUCCCAAGGCAGAGAGUGAAGAGGAAAAACAUACAUGUUCAUGAUCUGAUAGUUGGUCAAGAGAAAGAGGAUCUCAAUGAAGAGUGAAACUCAGAUCACAUUUAGUGAGGUAUUUUCAGUACAACAAUUUAUUUUAACAUUGCGAAAUUAUAUUGUACAUGUUGAACAAAGUAAUAUUUAUCUAGUGGAGUUUUGCAUUUU